GAAUUCAUUUCAUAACUGGCACGCUUUACGUCUCAAAUCACCACCUUCCUGUCUCUUCCUGUCUCUUCCUCUCUGUCUCUGUAUUACUGUAUAUGACUUUUUUGGCUGAAAGAAAGUGCAAGUGUAAUUUGGUUUCUGUUUCUUUAUUCUCUCUGAGAUGGAGAAGCCUCUGAUGGGUGGAGAAAGCAGUGGAAGUGGAGUUCGCCGGAGAGGGCACUAUAAACACUCUGAUGCUAUUGCUUAUGGUUCGCGUUAUCAAAGGGCUGCGGCACUGAUUGAUCUGGCUGAAGAUGGUAUUGGUCUACCUGAGCAAAUUCUUGAUCAAUCAAACUUCCAGAAUGCUGCAAAGUUAUACUUCAUAUUUACUCGAUUUGAUAUCAUCUGGUCCCUCACUUACUUUGCAUUGAUAGUCCUAAAUUUCUUAGAGAAACCUUUGUGGUGUACAAACUAUUCUACGUAUUCUUGUGACGAUAGGGAGUACUUUUAUCUUGGGCAGUUGCCCUACUUAACUGGUGCAGAGACUCUCAUCUAUGAGGGCAUAACUCUCAUCUUACUUGUGAUACAUACUUUCUUUCCAAUUUCAUACGAAGGGUACCAUCUCUAUUGGAGAAAUCCUCUUAAUUGGUUAAAGGUGACUUGCCUGUUAAUUUUGGUUGCUGAUAUACUGGUUUAUGCUCUAUAUUUGUCACCAGUGGCCUUUGAUUAUCUUCCUCUCAGAAUUGCCCCAUAUAUCAGAGUUGUGCUUUUCAUGCUGAACUUCAGGGAAUUACGAGCGACCAUCUUCAUCCUAGCUGGAAUGCUUGGCACAUACUUAAAUGUCUUGAGAAAGAAAUAA